AGCAUCUUCCGGGGGGCGCGCGGAGAAACGAGAGGAGGAGGACGACGGAGAAAGAGACAGGAAAAGAGAGAGAAAGCGCGCGCGCGGGGAAGAGGAGACAUACUGGUUAAAGGCUACGACAAAAAAAAAAAACAUGAUGAUAAUGGAGUCAAGGCGGUGGAGGAUGUCGGAUUUACGGGAAAGGACUGUUGAAAUUUGACAGAGGGCUCGCGUCAAAGAGAGCGUUUCAUUUUUGAUUUUUCGUCUUCUUCUGAUUCAUUUGAUUUCCACACGCUUGCGUGGACGCUAGAGAAGCGAACGGCAGAGGAACAGGAGCACCCCCACGAAUGCCUCGGAAGGUAAAAACUGGCUCUACCGCUGGCGCCACAGGCACCAUCUCAUCCCCCGGAUGGUGAUAAAGGACAUCCCGAAGAAAAGCUCCGGACUGAUGGAUGAGGAGGAACAUCAGCUUUAGCCCCCCCACACCCACACCCCCACCAUCCACCUGACGAUUGGGAAAGGAAAUAAAUCCUAUUCUGAUGGAUUUUCUUUAUAUUUUUUCCGGUUCUUUUUUUUUUCUUUUUUCUUUUCUUUUUGUUAAUCAUUUAUGGUGUAGCCCCAAGGAAAAACCAGCAAUGUUGAAUCACUGGUGUUGGUAAAUUAUUCAUCAGAGGUAGAAGUAGGCUAUGAUUUUCUAUUGCUUUAAUGUAGCAUUCCUUACAUUUCAUUUUUUAUUUUUGUAACAUAUUGUCUUCUUGGGGUCAUAUACAUAUUUUCAGGUCCCAUGAUUUUUUAGGCCCAUUCCAGAGAGAGAGAGAAAGAGGGAGAGAGAGAGAGAAAGCCAAAGCCGGGGAAAAAUCUUAGCGCAAAGAGAGCUUUUGGAUAUUUAUGUGUCAAAUCUGUGUGGUGGGGUUUCUACAUAUUCAUAUUAUUUUCAUUGUAAGAGUAAAGAAAGACAGAUUAAAGGUGUAAAAGACGGGGGAAAACAGCAAACAUGUUGCCUUCCCAAGAAGCCUCCAAGAUUUACCAUGACAACUACAUGCGCAACUCCCGGGCCAUCGGGGUUCUGUGGGCCAUCUUCACCAUCUGCUUCGCCAUCGUUAACGUGGUGGUCUUCAUCCAGCCCUACUGGAUUGGCGACAGCGUCAAGACGCCGCACAUCGGCCACUUCGGCCUUUUUCACUACUGCGUGGGCAGCGUGCAGGCGUCCAGCCGGGACCUCACCUGCGUGGGCAGCUUCUCCGACUUCGGCUCCAUCCCGUCGGGAGCCUUCAAGGCCGCCUCGGUGUUUGUACUCCUGUCCAUGGUGCUGAUCCUCAGCUGCAUCGCCUGCAUGGCGCUCUUCUUCUUCUGCAACACCUCCACCGUUUACAAGACCUGUGCCUGGAUGCAGCUGCUGUGCGGAGUGUGCCUGGUGCUGGGUUGCAUGAUCUUCCCUGACGGCUGGGAUGCGGAAGUGAUCCGGGAUAUGUGUGGGGAGCAUUCAGGGAAAUACUCUCUGGGUGACUGCUCAGUACGCUGGGCCUACAUGCUGGCCAUCAUGGGCAUCCUGGACGCCCUCAUCCUCUCCUUCCUGGCCUUCGUCCUGGGAAACCGGCAGACAGACUUCUAUCUGGAUGAUCUGCAGACAGACAACAAAGAUUUUGCUGUUUCGAGGAUUGAGGUACGAGACAGAAGAGAGCCGCGGUACGGAGUGCAACGUCUUCACUGAGGGCAACAAUGGCACUGAACAACUUCUGUUUAUCUUUCUCUUCUCUAUCUCUCCGCCCUCUGUUCUUCUUUCCUAUCCAAUGAUCAGGAUAUCACCCAAUUUCAAUGCAGACACCGCGUGUAUAGGAUUGUGUAAGAUUAAAAAAAAAUUAACUACAACAAACACGAGGAUAAACUAUAUUUUGAAAAAAAAAAAUACAAGGUUGUACAGUGCAUUUAACACUCAACUUUCUCAACAAAUACCUUUAUGAUGAAAAAUAUUUACUGUAUUUAAAGUCUUGAGUUUUUUUGUGUGAGAACUCCGAUCCCUAAGAUGAAGAACCAUAAUGUCCGUUUUACAGUUCUUUAUUUAAAGUGUCUCUAUUUACUGGCUUUGAGUUUAUGUGGUGUGUACAUUCAAAACAUCAAACAACAGAUAAGUGGUACUCCUCACACAGUUACACAGUCAAGACGCAAUAUACCAGAACGUUCCAUUACUGCACAUGUAAAAAAAAAAAAAGAAAAAAAAAAUUACAGGGACUCAUAUGGCUCUUCAUCUGAGGACUUUUAAAUGUGAAGAAUUUAAAGGAGUACCCCAUUGCAGCUUUACAGAAUUUAACAUCUCUGGGAGAUUCUCUACUGUACAUACUAAACAAUGUAAAUAACAUAACUGCUGACGCGAACAGCCGACGACAAAACCUCAUCUGACUCCGAUGCAUUCGAGUAUAGUAUUUCUACCCUCCGUUUCAGUGUUCCUCAUGCUGGAAAGGCAUCUGAGUAUACGUUUGGAUUUGCUGUGCUCCUGCGAUUCCCCACUACUGAUUUAGUGGGAUCACACAGAUGGGAAUAACACAGAUAUCAUAGCUGGAAGAUCCACAGAGAAGCAGAGCACCGUGACUCGGAAUAAUUGUGUUUGAUCACCUUUUUUUUUUUUUUUUUUGAGGGGGAAAGAAAGAGACACUUCUCCUGCGUCAACAUGGCCUCAAAAGAAGCUGCUUAUUGUAGAUUUCCACCCUCUAGUAUGUUGUAGAUUUUACCGUUAACUUUAGCUGCAGCUGUCAUGUAGAAAAACAUUUUAUUUGUGUUUCACUUAUUUGUGCCAUCUCACAACCCCCCUCUCUUCAGUGUGCAGUUUACUCCAGUUUACGGUUCCAGCAUACAGUGAUCAGUUUACGCUACAGAUGUCUUAAGACUGUGUGGAUAUGACUGCUAGUGCUGGCCCCUAGUGCUGCAUUAAGGUGAUGUCACAUAUGCCUCUUUAAAACAGAAAAUUCCAGGUGGGACAACCAUCUGCUAUGAAACAAGUUUAAAAUUUAAGUAAUAAAAAAAGCUAGUGCGGCAAAAAAGACAAAAGUGUCUUUUACACUUCCUGAAAUACAAGCAUUUUAACACUUCAGUGUAGUUCUUCAUGAAUAAGGAAAAAAGGUGAAUGAGUGAAUGUGCAAAACUUGAUUUUACAUUUUUAGUGCAAUUACUAAAGCUAUAGCUUGGGUUUUUUUUAAAUGAAGUGCUGUGAAGUUAUCAGUUAUAUGCUUAAAGUAAGAAAAUUUGUGUUUAUUUGAAUAUCUCUUUAUUGUAGAAAUGCUUCUAGGCCAUAGAUUCCUUUAAUCUAAUUAAUUUCCCCCUUAAAUUGUUCCAUAUUUGGAAAGAAAAGGCAUUUUAGGGUUGAGCAUCAGAGCUCUAUAUGUGGGUUACGCCAUCAAAAACUAGCCAGAUCCUUCAUGCUGAGGGCAUACAGCUUAUUUUGCUCCUGCCUGCAGUCUGGCGUCCAUUAAUGCAUUGAAAAAUUGAAGUCUGAACAACAGGACAUACAGUGUAUUUGUAGCUUACCAAUUUAAAACAAAGACCUCAACAACAACAAUAGCCUUGUAAGUCCUUGUUAAGCUGGACGCCAGCUUGGUCAGACACUGCUGUGGGAUGGCAUCCAAUUCCCUCAACUAGCCAUUGUCACCAGUCAGCCAGUGUGGUUGUAUUGGUCACCCUGGCAUUAACAGGACGCCCUGGCUGAUCCUACAGGUGCUUGCACUACAGGCAGACCGUUACAUCCUCUCCACUCCCAGAUUCCAGAGGUAUUUUCUGAUAAAGCCGCCUCUGGAGUAGCCUGGUAAAAACCAGGCCCUUGUUCUACCCUUCAGCUCCUUCAGAGGGUCUGGACUCUCGUCUGUCAAGACAUGAUUGUUUCCUGGAAGCUAUGGACUCUGUUGAAGUUUUAAAUUUUACCCAACUGCUAACGUUUGGCUGUGACAUAUGUAAUGUGCCAGUUCUACGCUAUGAAGCUUACCGGAAAUGACCUGCUCUGUAACCAACCGUUCUCCACUGUGAAGAGAGAAAUGCCGUACUGUUAAUGCUAAUUCAAUAUUUGGGUUAGGAUUAGUUAGUUAGUUGCUAAAGCUGCAGCCAGGCUACAAUUCUAAAACAGCACAGAAAAUCCAUGUUAUCAUUCACAACUUCUUCGAUGUUUGGCCUGACAGAAAAUCUACCAGAGCUGUAAGCAAGGUCUGAAUUUAGCAGAAUAGCGCAAUAAAGGAAUGACUGGGCUAACUCUGGAGGUAAGCAUUGACAUUUUGGAGGAUAAAAUUUGAUCCCUAAGAAUGGAGAUGUGGAGAUUUUCACUGGUUUUUAAAUAGCAUUUUGAUAUCUCUCUUCUCUGAGAUUGCCUUUAAUGGUGACAAGCCUUGGUUUUCCAGUGAGGGUCAUGCUGCCCUACACYAUAACACUGCCUCCAUCAGAAACAGAUUGGCUUUGGCUGAGUAGCAUAGAGAACGUUAUCAUGAGUGUGACACAGGUACUCAACUCUACAACAGUUUAGGGGGAAAACACAUACAGCAUACAUACAGCAAUAUAAGAUUUAACGCCAAGAAGCAUCAUUUAAAAAAAAAAAAACAAUGACCAAACAUAAAUCUUCUUAGUAACUAACAUGUUUAAUCCAUUACCUGUUGUAGACAUUAUGUUCUAUCACGAAUAGUUUUUAGAAAAAUGAAGAACUUAUCUGAGCCACUGAAGGCUUGCAGCUAACCUGGAGGAUUAGCCUUAGGUAACUUUAACCAUUAAAAACAACAAAACAACGGAGUUUAAUCUGUGGGAUGCAAAGCUGUAAUAGAGGACAUUAAAUGAUACCAUUCUCAUUUUUUUACCUAAGCAAUGUGUGUCUGCACUAAAGUUCCAUUGGUUGAGGUCGUUGGAUGAGACAAUCGGACUUGUCGACUCUUUUAAGAGGGUCAUUUCAGCAACUUUAUCAAAAAAAUGUGGUUCUUGACUUACAGGUUUAAAAGUUUUUUGGAAAUGAUCCCAUUGAGAUUGAUACUUUGCCAAAGUAACUCUAGCACAGCCAGAGAUGUUGUUAGGCUACAAAAACAAGAAAUAAACAUUACUGACUUCUGAAUAUGUACCAGUUAUCUGCUAAUAUAGCACCGUAUCACAUGGUAUUAAGAUUUUCAGGUUGAGGUUUUAUUUAUUUAUUUUAUUUCUAAAAUUAGCUAGAGUGGGUGAAGACCUUUUUUAAUAGCUGUUGGUCUUCCACUGCUAACUGCUGUUAUAUGACAUCCAAGGUAACAAACUGAUAACUUACAGAAGCUCAAAGAUUCAAGCUAUCGCCUCAUGGGGGGAAAAACACGUUUUAACACAGCAUUUAGGCAAACGCUGAUGAAUUAGCUCAUUUUAAACAUUUUGCAUCAAGUCCUGUUGUUCUCCCAUAAUCUUUAUUUAUGAACAUUAGUGAAACACAAGAUGGUAUUUAAAAAGUGACAAAGUAAAAUUUCCACUCCCUCAUUUUUAAACUUUUUACUUAAUGAUCAUUUUUCAACACUCUCAUUUUGUCCAAGUUAUUUAGAUUCAGAAGACCUGCUAGAAAUGAUCCAUUUUCAGCUAAUCAGGGCAUGUGUUUGUGAGAACAACACAUUCAAUGCUACCUAUACUUCCAUUAAUAAACACGUCACCCACAAUAGCAGUGGAGGCUAUGAUGCUAGAACAGAGCUGAAGAGGCAAAUCCAAAUAAACUGUUUUAAAUUUCCUAAAAGUGUUAGCUACUGACAUGACGUUGGAAAUAAAGUAGGAAAUAUUCAAAAUAGUUUUGAACACAAAAUAUCAUCUUAGAGUGUAUCAAACCGGCUGCAGAUUUUAUGUAGUGGAUGGUUAUGACAUUUCUACCUUAAGACAAAUUUCCAGAUUUCUAUCUUUAGUUUUGCAUUUGGCUGUGAACUUAAAGCUUUAAAAAAUCUUUGAUGCAAGUGUGUGCUUACCUUCCUGUUAGUAACAGUCAUGAGCCGGAAUGAGACCCUCAUGGUAUUUGAACCUUAAGGGGAAAAAAUGUCAUGCAUUACACAUAAUCGAAAAAUAAAGUAGCUUUUAUUUAACGCAGAAACAAUUUAUUCUAUCAUUACUUUAAAAAAAACUAAUUGAUUAUUAAAGUUAGAAUAAUUAUCCAUUACUUUUAUUCAUUAUUUUGAAUGUGCUUAUUGAACAACAUAUUAUUCAUUUUGACGUUCUGCUCUUUAUGGAAGAAUAUAAAUGCAAAAAGCUGAUAUUAGCUGGUUAUUUAGUAAGGAUAUCAAACUGGAUAGAGACAUAAUAGAUAUUCAAAUCAUAGCUCACUAACUGAAGUUUAAAACUGAUUAAUAGAACUGAUUGGAGAAACUCCAUUAGGUUUGAACCUUUAACUAAUCCGUACUGGCAACAUUUCUAAACAACCAGGUCUGUCUUUUCUGUUGUUACAAAGGCAAAGUGUACUGGGCCUUCUUUGGCUCAGGAGUGUGCAGCAACAGGUGGGGAAGGGGGAGUGUUGUGCAAUUCUAUUCUCCAUAUAGCCAGACUAAACUUACAUCGGUCUGGUAGUUUCUCAGCCUUAAACUUUUAACACCAAUGUAAUGAAACAUGUUAGUAGUUUGUGAAACUGGUUAAUCCCAAAUCACAGGUUGGUUCUCUUGCUGAAUUAGCAAUUGAUGUGGUUUCAAAUGUUGAACUUUUCUGAAAUCUAGAAUAUGUGUUGAACUUAAGGAAUACAAGCAAAUGGCUUUUUUUACUUUCAUGUUUUUUAGAGAGUCCAUCAUUUGAUGGGAAUAUUGAUUCUUUAGAACCUUUGAACUUUAUUGGUCUGGAAUUUGCUAAAAAAAAAUCCCCAAAGGCCUGCAGACCACACACUGUCCUCUGGGAUAACUGCCAGAUAUUCUCUGCAUUAUCCAUGUAGCUGUGACAUUAAACUAGUUGUUACCCUCACUAAUCGAUUUGAACAUAAACAUGAUUUCACAUCCUGGUCUAGAGUCUUGACGGUUCCGAAUGAUCAGUUUACACAAGAACAAAGGAGGUACGGUAGUUUGUUAGUGUUCAUCAAAUGAAUUUGUCGUAAUUUGAACAAAAAGGUAUUACCUGCUUUACAUUACUAACUGCUGUACCUGCUGGCCAAAUGAUGGCUUCUUUAUGCUUUAGCUGCUUCGCAUUUCUCUGCCGUUUGCUGUGGUUCUGGUGACUAGCAGGAUUCUGCCAUGACAAACUGUGGUUGCACAAUAUGACAAAGCAGUCUGCUGUAAUCCAGGGCACCAUGGGGGAUUUUUAUCCCUCUCAGAGGAACCCUUCAGGCUGACACACUGUAACUGAAACUCCCAAAGCUUGGCUUAAGUCAUGACAGGAAUAAAAUUAGCUGUGUGCAUGGAUAAUUGUUUUAUAUGAGAAACUGACUUGCUGUGCCCAAGUAAAGGAAAGGUACAAUCAUACCAUAAACCCUCCUAAGUAGAUAAAUGAAUUUCACCGAGCUGUCAAAUAUUGACCUGGUGGUUUACACAUCGGGACAAAUCACAAACAGAGAACAGCCUCCAUAAACUAUCUUUUUACUGUUAAAACUAAUUAAUCAAUGUCAUGAGUUGUUAAGAAAGCAUUCUUUAUUGUUUUGUCAGUAAUGUUUUGAAGGGUGUGUAUGAGCAGUCAAUGUCUCACUGACAGUAGAUAGUGGUUUGAGAAAUCCAUGACUGGAGAAUAUUUGCAGACUUCCCAAAAAUUGCAACAACUGUGAAAAUGUUUAGAAUAAACCACUCAACAUUUCAGAGUUAUUAGCUUAGUGCCACUCAGUUAACKAGGUAUUGGAAUAGCAGUCAUCUUAUUUAGUCAAAAACAAAAAAAAAUCUUCUUUUCAAAGAUGGUGUAAUCUAGAGGUGUGCAAGUGUUUUAAUAAUCUACUCCAAAAUGUAUGGAGUGGGCUUAGUGUCAUUCAGCUAAGUAAAUAAGCAAUUGCUUAGCGGUUGGCUUGGCUAGCCAAAAAAAAAUGCUCCAUUUUUCUUUUCAAAGAUUGCCGUUACUUAGAGGUGUGAAGGUGCUUAAUAAACCAAAAACAGGGAGUUAGUUACAUGCAUAAACUUGCAUUAAUUUUCUACUCAAUGUCCUGUCAUGAGACUGACCACUCUGACCACUGUCUACUCCAGUUAAGACAUCUGAAAACUGUAGUUCAUACUGUGGGGAAAGUCCAAAACUCAGAUUUUUCUCUCAUGAAGAAUUUCAACCAACCUUUAAAAGUUGACUAAUUUAUAAAUGAAAGACAAGAUGCCUACCGACUGAACCAACUGGAUAUCGUUUCACUUGGUUCAUUUGCAGUGGAUUCCAGUGCAUUCCUUUACUAUACAUAGAUUAAGCAGAUAGCUAGAUGUACAGUGUCUUUUUAGAAUGGUAGCUAGCUAAUUCUCAGGAAGCUGUGUACUAAGUACUGUAUUAAAGGCUCAUUAUGGAAAUUACAAACAAAAGUCAAAAAUAAGAGUGAUUUGAUGAGGUCAUCGUUUAAAUGAUGAGUUGCUUUUCUCUAGCUCUUUUGAUGAAGUGUAGACUAGGUUAGCACUGAUGAUGUUUUUCUUUCUGGGCCUUUAAGACAAUAUGAUAACAGCCCUUAUGCUGAAUCUAAUGAUGCUGUCUAUGGAGGCUCUGCACAGACCGCUGGCCUGUCUAUCCACUGUCGUAGUGUAAAAGUGCUGGGCCCUCAUUCAAGAGACGUUUGUUUCUGUUUUACCUUGAAUUAUCUGUGCAAACAUAAAAAAUAAAAAAAAAACAUUCGCAGUGAAACUCAACCAUUUGGUAAAGAAGAACACUCAUACUUGCUUUUGAUGUUUGUUUAGUUAUCUGAGCAGAAUUCGUUAACUGUUUCAUACAAAGGGCUGCGUUAAGCAGUCAGUCAUGUUUCUCACACAUUGUAGCGUGCAUCUGUCAUUUGUUUUGGGAGGGUUUUUUUCACAGGCCCAGGACAUAAUUUCCUAACACAUUAACAGUUAGAAUAUAAAGAAAACAUAGCCCUGAGGCCUAAGUGGUCAUGUGAGGCUUCCAAGAAUCAAUACCAGUACGAUCGUCAUUCUGGUCUUUUUUCUGGGUACUUUGGUUCCUGAGGACUUGACAAUGAACCUAUGGAAAAAAAAAGAACCUUAAAAAGGAACUGAAAAUACCUUAACCCUGAUGAGCACAUAUUUGUACCACUCCAGGUGCCUCUAAGAACUCUUGAAUUAAUUCUGAUGUGGUGCAGAACCAGCAAAACAAGUAGUGACAUUGUAGUUUUUUUUCUACUACAGACUACUCACUCAGACUGAGCUCUGAAACUAGAUGGGUCAUUUGUAGAUUUGAGGUCAAUUCAGUUUCAAACCAUGAAAUUAAGACAAAGUUGAAUUAAUUACCUUACUUUGUGGAGACAUUUUGAUUUAUAAAACAUAGGAGUAAAAAACAUACAAGUAUAUUUUUAUUUUCAAUUUUCAAUUGGACUCCAAAGCUGAAUUCGCCUCAGUCUAGAACUGUGGGAUCAUUUAACGAUGUGAAAAAAAUUGAAAGGGUGUUAAGAGUCAGUGAGAAGUCAUUUCUGAUUUCUAGCUACAAACAAAAUGUUUGUGGAUUAUGUAAAUGUCAUGGACAUGUCAAUGAUUUAUCAUCUUUUAUCAUGCAAUAUCAUAUAUAAAGAUGUAUAGUGUGGGGCGGGACAGAUUGGGAACAAAAAAAAAGAAUAAUGUUCAGUGACUUAUGUUAUUCUAGUUGACUUUCUGUUAACUCCUGAAAUGCAGAUGUUGCCAAAAUACCAUAAACGAUCAUGUGUUACCACGAGAGAAAAAAAAA